AUGCCAACUCAAGUCGAGAUAAAGAAGCGCCUAAAGGCGCUCGGCUUCAACUCUCUAGCUACCUUGAUCGAUCAAGCCGAGGCUAUCCUCAAAACUAAACGAGCAGCAUACGAAGAGGCCAAGAAAUACGACUCCCCUGACGAGGAACAGGAUGAUACCAUGCGGCGAAGUGAUGAUUUAAACAUCAGUUUUGCCAGUGUGCUCGCAGAGUGA